AUGCUGGCGGCUAUGUUUAGCGGAAGACACACCCUGGAUACUGACAGUGAGGGGCGAUACUUUAUUGACCGCGAUGGGACGUAUUUCAAGUACAUUCUAAAUUUUCUUAGAGAUAGAAAUCAGCUGCCUUCGGCUGAUGUUGCGCUUGAGGUAAGGAUCACAUUUGCAUGCUUUUGGUCAUGAAUAUAGAGACUAUAAUUGAAAUAUUAGGGGAAAAUAAACGCAAAGAACAAGACGAGAAAUCACAGCAGAUUUGAGAAUCUUCUGUAAAGGUUUUUAGACAAAGAGAAGAGAGGGAAAGAUAAGGAGAUCGAGGGGCUGUUAGCCUGCGAGCAGGUUCAAUUGUGCGAGUUCGGGGAAGAUUUUGGCGGCGCAGACGCAGAUACCUAACCUCGUCCCCAGGGCGCUUUCCACCUCCAAAGCCAGGGAAAAGGGCCCUGGGGACGAGGUUAGGUAUCUGCGUCUCUUCCCACAAAGUACCGCAUGACUCGCAUUCAAUCAUCUUCCCCUGCCGAAAAUCAUUUAAACGAGGAUUGGGGACGAUUCCUCUUAUUCACUUUAAUGACUGCUGUCGUUUGCCCCGUGACCCGAGGAUGGUGUGGUUGACACUUCAGCUUUUCUUCUUUACCUUUCCAGGUAUAUAAAGAAGCACAGUUCUACCAACUAGAAGAUCUAGUACAAAUACUAGAACGGUUCUCUGUCGUGUUCUCAAACAAGUUGGAAAACGCGCGCAAAAUGAAACUCGGGAACGACUUCUCCAAAUGGCAGCAAGACAUCAUUGCACAGGCGCAGAAAAAUAGCCUACAGAACCUCGCCUCCACGAGUAAGGUAAGCCUGCUGUCACUCGAGGAUCACAAGAAAAUUAAAGAAUGCGGAGAAUGCGUGGGUCCACAUGCGCACAAUCUGGUGGUAUCCAAAUCGGCUAAACAGGGUUUAGUACACCAUCAGGAAACAUUUGAGUACGUACAGAGAAGGUUUAAAGAGACAGAUCUAGUCGUUUGCUUUCUGAACAACACGGAAAUGAAAUUGUUUGUCGGCAUCACCGAGGCGGACUUGAAGAACAAUGGUUACUGCUGCACUUUCCGCGAAGAGAAAAUACGCUGCAAGAACUUUAAAGUUCAUUAUGGAAUAGGCAAAGAGGAGUGCCGCUUUAAUGUCACGGAGCACAUAGUGGAGUUUGAAUGGUAAAACAUAGAGCAUAACAUUGUGGUGUAGGGGUUGGGGUCCAGUGGCCCUCCAUUUUCAAUAGGACAAUAGUCCAGUUUCGAGUUGGCUAGGACCACUGAAUUAAAGAAGUGAAGACGCAUUUUUUACAGGCUUAGCCUCCAUCUGAGGUAAUAUAUUCACAAAUUCCAACCAGAAAAAGACUUGUUUAUUACUCUGUCUAUUGUGUAUAUUCAAAUUUCAAACACUUACUUGACGGAAUUUCUGAAUAUUUUACUUUACGUCGAGGCUAACCCUGUAUAAAUGUGCCGUUAAUGUUUGUAUUCAGCGGUAAUUUUUUAUUCGAAACUGGACUAUUGCACUAUGAUGUCAUUUUACUACAACUACCAGAAUCCUUUGGAGUGUUGUUUUCUUGUGCAAAUUAAGGCCAGUGUUCUUUAAUUCUCAGCGGGAUUGGCAAAUUUAAAUAAGAAAGCAAAAACGAAAUGAAUUCUGGUAUUUGUAGUCAAAUGCCGUCAUCGUGAAAAUGGCCUAUUUCAAUUGGAUUCCUAGGACUCAAUAGACCCUAGAGGAUUGUUGCAUGCAUUAAGCUAUCAAUUCAUCGCUCGACUCCAUGCAUAUACAGUGAACUCGUGGUCGAUGGUAAAUCUCUCGUCUUUUUAGUUUAGGUUAGAAUUUGUACAUAAAGUAUUUCGGUCCUAACGAAACAUGUGGCUUUUGUCCAGUUUC